AUGGAGGUUAAAGACAUUGAAGCCAUGUUGAAUUCACAACACUCAGUUGUUAUGGAAGCAUUAAAUAACAAUAGUUAUAGAAUGCUUUCGGCUAUAAACUCCUUUGUAUCGGACCGUGCACAGGACCAGAUAAAUUUAAAUUCUGCUAAAUCAAGCAAAGUAGCUGCCGACUCCAUAGCUGUGCCUCGUACGAUACACACGGAAAUAAUAAACAAAGCUAAUGAAAGUAUGAAAAACGUUUAUGUCAAUUUAGCAAACAUAAUUCCAAAAAGUGUACCGUGGGCUGACAGAGUUAAACCCGGGAACCAAUCUCCGGACGAUAGUGAUUCAACGGAUGGCUUCCAACUUGUCAAAUCAAAAAAAUAUAUAUAA